AUGGCUUCUCUCCCGCAAUCCUUCAAGCAUUGUCCCUCUUGUGGCUGCUGGCAACCCGAAGGAAUACCACACUGCACAACUCCGGGUUGCGGUGUGGCGAACCCCGCACCGCCUACCCCGCGCCGCUCGCCGAGGGCGUAUCCAUAUGGCAGCCCUUAUCCGAUCGCUAGUCCCUAUCCUGGCACUCCAUACACCCCUCCGCCCGCUUGGACGUCUCCUCCAUACCCAGGCCCGCCUCCGUCUUGGUCCGGAAGCCCAUACGCAAAUUCUCCCGCAUUGCCGAUCUAUCCUGGACGUAACGGGGACCUGUAUGAAUGCCGCAACUGCGGUGGUCAAUAUGCCACUCGGUGGUGCGGAUCCUGUGGGCGCGAUCUCAGCAAUGACGCGCCCUAUCUCCCCGGCCCUCGUCCUCCAGCAUUAAGGGGACACGUGAGAUCCUCGCCGAGUCCAAAACGAAAUCCGACACCUCCCGCCAGCUGGAAUAUCGAAAAUGUACCAGCCCCGGUACUUCCGUCGCCACGUCGCAGAAUGAACACCCGGGAUCUUGCAUACGGACCGAUGCCUCCCAUGCGCAUGAAUGCUUCGCACCGAUCGAGUGCAUGGCCUCCUGCACCUGAGCCUGUCAUGCCCGAUGCAGUGCCCGAGAUACCAGAUUCGGCAUACUAUCAAUCACGCUCAUCCCCAACCUAUCGUGGCCCUGGAUCAACUCCACGACGAGAGCUCCGAGAAAUGCCACAACCUCCUCCUGAACCACUAGGGAACAAGCUGAAACGACAGAGAAACACUGUCCCUGUCCCUGUGCUCGAACCCUCUGGUCGCGCAUCACCUCCUCCCGUUGAGCGACAGCAUGUGCGAGGAAGUCGACGACCUGAACAUGAUGAGUGUUUUGAAGAAGCUCUCGCCGAGACCAACGCCGGUAUUGCAUCACUCGAGAUAUAUCCGCCCACCGUUUCUGUGCCGGUUCGGUAUGCAAUACCUCCAGACUCACAGUCAUUUACCGGUUCCGAACGAUCUGGCAGGGGCACGUUCCCUCGACUUCGUAGCGCUCUUCGAGGGAAGUCCCCCGAGAGAUCGAAUCGACCAAAGUCGCCCGUUCGUUUCGCUCCGACUGAAUAUGAUCAACCCGAGGACUGGAGGGCAUGCCCACGUCGAUCUGGAAGAUUAUCACGCCGUGCGACUGCUUCUGGUUUAACUAACGCUUCUGCUCCAAUCGUGGAACAUGACGAUGGUUGGGAAGACGCACAGUUAGAUGAAGGUGAAGUGGAGCAUUCGACAUCUUCUUUCAACCACGUCCCUGCUGCAUAUCAAUCAUCCGACGAUUGGGUCUGGACAAACCCAGCCUUCACCUUACCAAUCGUACCAAUCAAACGGCUUCGAGCACCUUUUGAUGAUAUACUUGACGGGGAUGAUACCCACAAAGACCAUCCGGCUGGGAAAGAAGCCCUUGUUCAUCCUUCAGGUGGUCCGACUCCCAAGUUGCAGCAUUUUGUGGAAGCAUUGUGUACUUGGAUUUGGGCAAAACAACCGAGUGAUGUCCCUUACAUUACAAAACGUCGGCUGCAGUUCUUAGAAGGAACUGUAAGAAACUCGGGUAUCACGCAAAUAUACAAGGAUGACGCACUGGAGGAAGUCUAUCAAGCGUUUGGCCUAGAGUACGCCAAAUCGAAUGAUGAACCAAUGUUGACCUUUAAGGGUUUUCUACGCUAUGUUGACCUCUGGAUCCUUUGCGAACCGCGUUUUGUUUGCUUACAAUUGAGAGCCUUGGUUCGGCACGUCGGUUUCCCACCACCAAUGACAGAGUGGCAAGAUAGAGAAUGGCUAUUCGAUUCAUGGAUGACUAUAUCCCAGUCUCAUCCUGAUGCAGAUACAUGGAGAAGGACCUUGCACCAAUACAUGCUUGCUGGGAGUAAAGUCAUCGAGGGACGAGGUGAUGCGCCAUUAUGGGCGACAGCCUGAAGGAACGGCGGACAUUAGAUUGUGGGGUGUGGACAUGG